UACAGUUAUCUCCCUUCCUCCGCAUUCACCGCCAUUAUUUUUAUUUCUGAAAUUAUUUGUUUUUAUAUAGAAAUGUCCACAGAAACUGAAGAAGAUGAUUAUAUGUCUGAUAAAUUUGUUGAUAACUGUGUUAACUUACGACCAGGACUUGUGUCUAAAGCAACAAGUCGACAAUACCAUGUAGAGAAGGCAACAAAACAGGCCAACAGACAGAACCAGUUGAAACGAAAGAAUAUGAAAGAAAGUGAAAAAGAAAGGCGAACAGAAGGUUUAAGUAUAAAGCUCAGUGAAGAUAACAAAGGAUUUGCAUUAUUACAGAAAAUGGGUUAUAAACCAGGAAUGUCACUAGGCAAAGAAGGUCAAGGACGUUCAGAACCAGUCCCCAUCAAAGUAAAAUGUAACCGAGAAGGUCUUGGAUUGGCAACUAAAAGAAAAGAACAAUUAGCAGAAAUAAAUAAAUUUCAAGAAAUGGUAAAAAGGAAGAAUCAAAAGCUCCAAGGAAACUUCAUGCAACGGAUGAGUGACAAGUUCAGUGUAAAGGAAAUAGAAAAGGACUUAGAAAAAAGUCAAAAAGUUUGUGAUGAACUUGAUGGCAGAGCUAAAAUAACUGAACCAAAAGAUUGGUUCUAUUGGCCACUUUAUCGAUUAGAACAAAAAUUAGCUGAUGAAAGUGAAGACGAGGCUGAAGAGAAACCAAUUUUAGACAUUUAUACUCCUGAAGAAAAACUAGAAAUGGUGAUUGACUAUCUAAGAAACACCUACUUUUAUUGCUUAUGGUGUGGUGCAACUUUUGAUAGUAUAAAAGACAUAGAUGAAAAUUGUCCUGGAAAUUGCCGAUCUGCUCAUGAAUCAAUGUAAACAUACAUUUCUGUCUCAAUAAUCUUGCUGUUUUUUUUUUUUUUUACUGAACAUCUCAUUGUUUAAUUUAGUAUCAGAAUAAACAGAAUUUAAGACAAGUUGUUAUUUUAAGACACAUUUUGGUGGAGAUAAACUGUUUCUAACUCUUUGAAAAUUAUGAUAUAAUGUCAAUGUCUUAAAGACAUGACUAUCACAGACUCAUUUCCCUACUUUUUAUACUGAACUUUAAGUAAGGAAUCAAUGAAUACAAUUAAUUGAUUUAGCUUCUGGAACUGAUUUUCUUUUGAGAAUUUUACAACAAAUCUUUAUUUACAUACGAACAUCACUUUCACUCCAAAAGAACAAAAAUACUUGCUUUUUGGUAUUAGAAAUUUUAUUUUGUUGUUUAUGUUUAGGUGGAGUUUUAAUGUGAACUAACUGUUUCAUUGAAAUUUAUAACAAUAAUAAUGUUGAUGGCUUUGGUUUGCCCCAGAGAAAUAGGACUGUCUUUAUAGCUUUUAUAGGCUGACUGAGAGUGAGGAGAAUUUUGUGAUUAAUUUUCCUCUUAAACAUUUGCAAGCUAAUGGAUUUAGAAAAGACAUGUAGGGAGGGAUUUCCAGAGUAAAGGAAAAGUUAGAGUGAUGACAGAUAAGUUGGGAGUGUCUCAAUAGAGAUGGAACAACACCAACCAGUCCAGAAGUGUUGAAGCCACUAUAACAGGAGUUGAUGUAGUGAGUUGAGGAUUGUGAAAGAUUCAGUUUCUACACUAGUGACAUUGGUGUGGGAUGAGUAUGAAGUUCAAGAAGAGUUGUGAGUGUUGAAGUCAUUGAGAAUGAUGACUUCAAGGAGAAGUUACUUUAGAUAAAUGUCCUUGAUACAAGAAGAGAUACGGUUAGUUGUUGGUGGUUGGAGGAGUUCAGAGAGCAGCAAAUGAAGCAGAUGUAUUUGGAGAAGUCGGAAAAGGGGACUUUCUGUCAGAGCAACUGGAAUUCCUGUUGCUGAUAUGUGCAGGCUAGAGAGAGCAGUGGAAUCUACAAAUGUUGAGAUGCCACCUUUUAGAGUGAGGUUUCAAUAACAUGGACAAUGGAGAUGGACUAAGGUAAUGAUUGUAGGAUUUGUGUCUUGGAGUGGAAUUGGAAGUGUGGUUUUGAGUAUUAGUUGGAAAGUAAUGUACAGGGCUUGAACUGGAUCAAAUUCUAUGGACAUAGAAGGCGAAUUGUCCAGUGGGUUUAGUUUUACUAUUAAACAUUUAGGGAAGUGUAGCAGGUGUUGGUGUGCUGUGAAGACAUGAUAACCCCUUGCCAGGAUCCUAGUUCAUAUACUUGCAUCAUAGUAAAUGCCACGGAAGGCAACAGAGUAAACUCUACUGAAGGUACCUAUGAACCUCUAAUAAAUGUGGGAUCACCAUUUACACUAUACACAACACAACUACAUAAGACAAAAUGAUAACUUCACUCACUCAUUCAAACUUUUGUUAUUUUAUUGUUUUGUAGUGACAAAGAUACAUAUAUUUAAAAUCACAACAAUAAAAAGAAUAAAGACAAUAUUGCCUACUUCUAAAGAUACAGGUUGUCUUUUGUGUCCUUUUAAAAUAGAUGCGUUUCCUAGAGACUGAAGAAAAAAAAAUCAUAUACAAUGUUUGAGCAACCAUAGAUAAAAUGUAGAAAAUGAACUAAAACAAAAGUGGUUUAUUAAGCCUUUAGUUGCUCAUUUGAAUAAUUAACUCUUUGAACAUAAAGAUACAUCCAAAAUGUAAAAUCACAAAUCAAUUACACAAUAAGAGUAAAAAAAAAUCCAACAGGCAAAUAUACAAAAAGACAAAAGCAAACAUCAGCACAUCUACUCUUGUAAUUGUCUUAACAGUGGAAGGUCUAAUCUCUUUCACUAUUAUCAUGGCUACCAAUAACAUCCCUUUCUUUUAUUAGCAAUACAGAUUUCAAUUUCAAUAAUACCACACAGCUAAUAUUAUUAAGAUGGUUUUUCAUGAUUGUGUGCUCUUGUUAUCAUAUAUUUAGAUUUCUUUCUCUAAGGACUAGAUGUUUGCUUUUAAAGAGCUUAUUGUAUUACAAUGCUCAAGUGCACUAUGACUUGUUGGAAGCUUUGUGACCUUAUAUAUAUUUGCCUAUUGGAUUCCUUUAUAAUCAUGAAGAUAUAUUUGCACAUGUCAUUAAUUUCUAACUUCACAUUUUGAUAGUAUAAACAUCAUCAUUGUCAUUGUUUAACACCCUCUUUCUAUGUUGGUAUGAGUUAGACAGUUUGACAUGGAGUUGGCUAGCAGGGAACUGUCUAGACUCCGACUGUCUGUUGUGGCAUGGUUUCUACUGCUGGAUGCUCUUCCUAAUGCCAACCAUUUAACAGAGAGUGAUGGAUGUUUUCUACAUGCUACUAGCAUGGGUGCAUUUACAUAGCUCUGGAACAGGUGCAUUAAUGCAGCACCUGCAUGGAUGCUUUUUAAGUGGCACUAGCACCUGAAGGACAAGCCUGUAUGUGUGGAAGACAGCGAUUUUACUUAGCUUGACACAUAUUAUCAAGUACAGCAAAUCACAUCUCCUGGUCCCUUGUCAUUUCCUCAGUGGAGCUCAGUGUCUGAGGACUCUUUCUCACCACUUCAUCCCACAUCUUCCUGGGUCUACCCCUUCCACAGGUACCCUCCACAAUUAGAGCUUGGCACUUCUCUAUGCAGCUGUCCUCAUCCAUAUGCAUCACAUGACUAAAUCAGCACAGUUUUCUCUCUUGCACACAACAUCAUUUACACUCUGUCGUGCAUGCACACUGACAUUACCCAUCAAGUGGAGCAUGCUAGCUUCAUUUCUUUCAAGCCUUUGCAGAUCCUCUGUAGUCAAAGCCCAUGUUUCACUGCCAUGUAACAUAGCUUUAUGUACACAAGCAUCAUACAAUCUGCCUUUCACUCAGAGAGAGGGGCCCUUAGUUACCAACAAAGUUAGAAGCUCUCUGAACUUUUCCCAGCCUGUCCUUAUCCUAGCAACUACACUUUCAGAACUUCCUCCACCUCUGCUAAUCUGGUCUCCUAUGUAACAGAAGCUAUCUACUAUCUCUAAUGACCCCAGCCCCUUGCACAUUUGAUGGCAUUUGAAACAACAUGUUUCAAAUUUUUUUUACCUAUAUUAGCAAUGAGUUAUCAUCAAUUAGUUAUUGAAAUUCAUAUGACCAAGUGGGACAGCAUAGAAUGGUUUCAAAAAUAUUUUUUGUUGCCAAUAACAGAAGUCUAGAAAUUGUGAAGCAAUAUGAAGUUCAGUAUUGCAAAAAUACGGAGAUGUUCAGUAAGAAUUGCUGCAAAGAGACUACAAUAUCAGAAGGAACUUUUUAAUAUAGUAAUUUGUCUUUAAAUAAAAUUAUUUUCCUUAUCUGUU